AUGCUGAACAAGGACAAGAACAGAACUACCAUCAGGUAUCCCAUGGAGGGAAAGAUCAAAAGUAAUGACAUGAAAGUAAACUGUCUGAUUCAAGCUCAGCUCGGCUGUAUCCCCAUUCAGGAGUUUGGACUCAUACAGGACACUGGAAAGAUAUUCCGAAAUGCAAUUAGAGUCAGCAAAUAUCUGACUGAGUUUCUCCGUCAUCACUCCCAAAAGAAUUUCUCUGCUCAGCUCAACUCUUUGAUACUUGCCAAAUGUUUCAGAGCCAAACUGUGGGAAAACUCACCUUAUGUUUCCAAGCAGCUUGAGAAGAUAGGGCAGUCAUUUGCCACAGCCAUGGUGAAUGCAGGGCUUACAACAUUCAGCAAAAUUGAGGAGACCAGUCCUAGAGAGCUAGAGCUAGUAGGCCUAAACCCAUAA